GGUGGUUCGUGUCGCAGGUAAACAGGCUCCUCAAGAAACUCGUCCCCUGCUAUUAGUUCCGGCGUACAAACAUGGCGUCACCCGUCCUGAAGGUUGCAGCUGCAGGUAUUCGCAGAUGUUCUCGUCUCGCGCUCCUCCGGGCACAUUCAACAACAGCAUCCCUUCAUCAGGGCAUUCCUGCAUCAUUGUGGAAGCUGGGGCGGCUGAACCAUGUUGCCAUCGCUGUCCCUGAUAUGGAGAGGGCCACAGCUCUUUACAGGGAUGUGCUGGGGGCCACAGUAAGUGACAAGGUGCCACUGCCCGAGCACGGCGUCUAUACAGUAUUUGUGGAGCUCGGCAACACUAAACUGGAGCUGCUCCAUCCUCUGGGGGAGAAGAGUCCGAUUGCUGGAUUCUUACAGAAGAACAGAUCUGGAGGGAUGCACCACAUUUGUAUUGAGGUAGAUGACAUAAACGCUGCAGUGGCCGACCUGAAAGCCAAGAACAUCCGGACUUUGUCAGCAGAGCCCCGUAUAGGUGCUCACGGCAAACCGGUGAUGUUUCUCCAUCCAAAAGACUGUGACGGUGUGUUGGUGGAGCUCGAACAAGCAUGAACACUGAGUGUCACUGGGAGAAUACACUUGUAUAAAUCCAGGUGUAUGAUAUUUGUUAUGAUAACAGACAUAAAUUGUGGAAAUUUUGAUUUCCUCAAAAGGUGCCUAAGUUCUCUUUCAGUGUGGUCGGUUCCUGUUUAAUAGGGAAUAAGAGUUACUUUGUGUUUUGCCAGUUUCCUUACAUCAAGUUACAAGUUUCACAGAGAAACCAGUUUAUACAUUAAUAUAUUUAGUGUAUAAAAUGGAAGUAUGUUGUAAAUUGUGUUGAUACAAUUUUUAUAUGACCAGCAACUUGCUGACUUGAAAUAAACAUUUGUAGCUAGGUGAUUUAAACCUAGUGGUUUUUGCAGCUUAAUCAUAGAUCUCCAGUAGAGUGACACUAAUACCUAGUGUUUUUUCAACCCCCAACAAACCAAAUGUCUGGUUACAGAACUGGUGUGGUUAUGACACAUUGUCCAGUGAUUUCAGACAAUAGUAAUUGCUGUCCCCUCCAGUAAAAAGUCUGUGGGGCCUUUCCAUUUACACAACUGGUCUUUAGGUUGAAGGAGAUCUUGAGUGAACUAUUCCAGCACACAGGACAUCUUAAUGCUGGACAUUGAUGCCAAAAUCUUAAAUUUAAUUCAGCACAAGCUGCUAAAAUUAGCAGCUUGUGUUAUACCAAGCAUUUUAGUGAUGAGUGAGACUGGAAGAGUUCUUUUGCAGAAAAUAAGAUAUUCCACCAUUUUGAAUUGCAGUUGUCAGAGCUUCAAACAUUUUAUCUGCAAACCAACGUUCCCCUGCUGCUCUAUUCCUCUUCACGCUUCCUGUGAAAGUUGACUGCAGGUGUUUCCCUGCUACCUAGUUCUAUUUUCUGAUAACAGAAACAAAGCACAAGUAUUUCCAAUUGAGGCAAUAUACAGUUUAAAACAAGACAGAUUGAUCAGAAUCCAGAGGUUUUAUUUAUUAAGUUUGUUUAACACCUGGGAUAAAACACAGCAAAUAAAGCCAAGCACAAGAUACAAGAGUGAGCUUUGAAUACAGCUGGCAGGGGUUUACGUGUAAAGCAUAGUGUGGGUGAAAACAUCUCAGUAAAGGGCGGUUUAAAUUACUAGCCAGUACUAACAUCAUGCAAAUGGCUUAAGUCUUUGAAAUUUUUGGAAUAAAGACACAAAUAUGAAUUUAAACAA